AUGGAAGAUGGUCCGACGCCUACAAGCUUUUCUGCUUUCAAAAAUUGGUUGUCCGGAGUCGUCUGGAAUGCGUGGUCCUUCUUCGUGCAUAGUAAAGAUCCCAGAGACCUCCACACACCCGGCACCCCAUACCCAGCAGCCUGUGGAGGACAGUGGGCUUUUCAUUCGACCAUUGAUAACGUGAUUGUCUCGCUUGAAGCAGAAUGCGUCGAUCGCUACCUCCUAGCGGGCGACCGUGACCCAAGCCUGGUGGCACAGCUGAACGGGAUUGCCCGGGAUGCCGUUAUCAUGCCACUAGAUGGAAUCGCAGAUUUGGAAUUUGGAGCCGUGACCGAGAAACGUCGGUUUGCGGGGACCGAGUGGGGCUAUUGUUGGGCGAAUGUGAUAUGUGACGGCGCGAAAACGAUAUUUGCCUCUCACCGAACGAUUUUCCGGCUCCACUUGAGGCAGCCACGUCUUGACACCAGAGGAAGGCCCAGCUCGUUGGAACAUGCAAAUGCCGACCCAAGUUACGGGUGCCAUGCUUUCUUUACCCGUCAUGCAGCUCGAUCAAUGGUCGUAUUGAAAACGACGAUAACUAAAACUUAUACCGAGGCUCAGCCCAAGGGACCCUCGAGCUGGUUGCCUUCUGUUGGCUCGACACCUCUCCGGUCGAGAGUGGUAGCCGAGCAAGGCGGCUUAUCUGCCUGCGCUUUUUGGGGGCUCCCAUCAACACUUGCAUAUCACAGCGACACCAUGUCCUCUUUGAGCUGUUCUGCGAUGGCUGCAGUUGUUUGUUCAAUGACAUGGACAGAUCGAGGGACCGAAUUGGGCACUCCAUCCCAGCCCAGUGGAUCAAUUGGGCUGGCACUGCCGUAA